GCAAUAUUUUUAGGAAAUUUCAUUCACUUUUAUUUUCUAUAAUUUGCAGUAAGAUUGCUCAACUGGUCAGUGAGAUAUACAUGAUUAAGUGAAGACACCUUUUUUUUUGGUCGAAUAACGGUAAAUUGCAAAUACAGUAGAAUCGCGCAAAAGUUAACUCGCGAGAAAAUUAAACCUUCGGCUAAGUUUACCGAUUUUGAGCGUCCACGUACUGCUCUAAAAAGGUAACUUUGGGUUUACUUUUUUGAGCUUUUCUAUUUUUUCAAACCCAACCGUUCGUUUGUCAAGAAAAACAAGCUCUGGUAUUCCCCUCAGUGCUAUGUAUUCCCCGAAUUUCUAUGUAAAAAUUAUAGUCGGUGUCGCGAGGUACAUACAUACGUAGUGUGUCAUGAGCGUUUAAACUUGCGAGUUGUUUAUGGUUAGUGUGUUAAAAAAUGCCAACAAAGCAGAGAAAAUCAUUGCAAAUCAGAUUAAAUUUGCAUCAAAAAGCUGAGAUUUUAAGAAAACUCGAUGAAGGUAUUCAUGGAAAUCGAUUGGCGUUGGAUUAUAAUGUAUCUAAGGCGGCCAUCUCAAAAAUAAAGAAAAAACGUCAUGAAAUUUUGGAGGCAGUGGCAAACACACAUGAAGUUGCAACCAAGAAAACUUUACAUAAAUCGGAAUAUCCCGUUCUUGAGGCAAGGUUGUAUAAAUGGUUCUUAAGCCAAAGACAGCGUAAUUGUGCAAUGAGUGGUCCAAUUUUAAAGGCAAGAGCCAAGCUCGAAUUUGCUAAAUUGCACACAGGAAAACAAUUUCAUGCGAGUAAUGGAUGGCUUGCAAAUUUCAAGAAAAGAUUCGGUAUUCGCCACUUAAAAAUUUGUGGGGAAAUCCUCUCAAGUGACAAGUCAGGAAUAACAUCGUUCAUUCAUAAUUUGCGGGCAAAAAUUAAUGAAAUGGAAAUUUCGGAUAUGCAGCUUUAUAACGCAGAUGAAUCUGGAUUGUUUUAUCGUUUCCUGCCCGAUAAAACAUUUGUCGCGGCAAACCAAAAGACGGCACCUGGCCGAAAAAUAGCAAAAGAUAGAAUCACAUUUAUGUUGUGUGCGAACGCAGAUGGUUCGCAUAAGUUGAAACCAUUGAUAAUUGGUAAAUCCGCAAACCCCCGCUGCUUCAAGGGGUUUGAAAACCCAUUGGAAUAUGCUAACUCGCAAAAGUCUUGGAUGAAUUCAGAGCUAUUCUUUCGCUGGUUCCAUCAUUCCUUUAUUAAGCAGGUUCGGAAAUUUUCUGCUGAAAAUAAUUUAAUUGCUGAUUGACAACUGUACUGCACAUAAGCCAAUUGACAAGUUACAGUCAGAUGAUGGAAACAUUGCGGCAAUGCUUUUACCACCUAACGUGACAGCUGUUUUGCAGCCCAUGGAUCAAAAUGCUAUAAGACUGGUCAAGUUAGAAUACCGGGCUAAACUGUUAUGUAACAUUGUAGCACAAGAAAACAUUCCGGUUGAGAAUAUUUUGAAAGGACAUUCAAUUCGUAAUGCCAUCUUGCUGCUUAAAUUAGCAUGGGAUGAAUUGCCAAGAGCUGUGCUUAUAAAAGCUUGGAAAAAUAUAAAACAGUGGGACGAUGAUCAAUACGACAGCGAAGAGGAAAUCCCAUUGCUUACAUUGAUUAGAUCAAAUAGUUCUCACGAUGAUACACUUCGAGAGGUACAAUCGUUAUUGUCCAAGGUGGGUGGUGUUGACGUCAGCAGUGAAGACAUCGAAAAUUGGAACGACGAUCAAAAUACGGAAGAUGAUGAAGAUUUCGAAGUGUCUGACAAUGAAGAUGAAGAACCAGUUGUCGAGGAAGUUAUGCAACAACAGAAAGCCAGUUUUUCCGAAGCAGUUGAAUGCAUCAAUACUUUGAUAACGUGGUAUGAAAACAAUAAUGAUGCAAAUCAGAUAUCACAUCUUAUUAAUAUGCGUACGAAAAUUGUCAGGAGCUAUUACACAAAAGAAAAGAAACAAACAAGUCUCGACCGCUUCUUUAAACCAGCCCUUACAAAUUAAUAUGUACAUAUGUAUGUAUGUAUAAUGUGAAAAAGUACAAACUAAAUCUAAGUUUAUGUUUUGUUAAGAGUAAAAGUCAGGCAUGCGAAUAAAUUAAACGUAUUAUAUCACCAAAAUUAUGUUUAUUUCCGUGUUUUUUUUUUUCAAAAUCGAAACCCCUUUGAAAAAGUUAAUAUUUUGGAAAAGUAAAACACCCUUGGGACAUUUUGGUUAAC